ACUGAAGAUAUUUAUUUUUGCAUCAAAGAAGGAAAGUUAGAUUCUUUUAUUAGCUAUAUUUGGGUACAAGUCCCUCCUUUCCUUUCUUGUAAAUUCAGCCACACCAUUCUAAUCACUAAUCAGAGAAAGAAAGAAAUGGCGAGGCAGAAAAUAAAGAUAAAGAAAAUAGACAACGCAACAGCGAGACAAGUAACAUUUUCAAAGAGAAGAAGAGGAAUCUUCAAGAAAGCUGAGGAGCUUUCAGUGUUGUGUGAUGCUGAAGUUGGUCUCAUCAUUUUUUCAGCUACUGGAAAACUCUAUGAAUAUGGCAGCUCCAAGUACGUACGUAUGAAGGAUAUAAUUACAAGGUAUAAUCAGCACUUCCAACACAUGAGCAAAUCAAACAAACCUCUCCAGGAAUUUCAGGGAGAGAAUUUAUCAGCUGAAUUGCAAAAGGAAGUUGCUGAUAAAACCCAACAACUAAGGGGGAUGAAGGGUGAGGAUUUUGAAGGAAUAAACUUAAAGGGGUUGCAGGAAUUGGAAAAAACACUUGAAACAGGACUCAAGCGUGUGAUGGAGAUGAAGGAAAAGAGGAUUGUCAAUGAGAUUAGUACACUUCAGAUCAAGGGUAUCAAGUUAGAAGAGCAGAACAAGCAUUUAAAGCAAAAGAUGGCUAUGUUGUGUAAUAGAAAAAAUCUUAUCUUGGGAGACUCAGAUAUCACCAUGCAAGAAAUUGUUUCAUCAGAGUCUAUGAAUAAUAGUGGGCUUUCUCUUGAGGAUGAUUCUUCAGACACUUCUCUUAAGUUGGGGUUACCCUAUCCCUAAUUGAAUUAAAGUCAUGGACUAGUGAGGGACUCUAAGUUCUUGACAAUACCAUUUGCCUGGAACCACAUUAAACCUGGUUAUGUUGAACAAACAGUACAUAGUGUUACUUCAAGGAACCUCAUAUUAUUCUAUUCAACUAUGUUACAAUAUUACAUUCAUUGUGUCUCCUGGAAUGCAUAGGUAUUUAUUGUUGGCCACUCCAAACUUUUUUAAGUGUGCGGUAGCUGGAACAUCUUUUGGGUCACUCCCACGUGAAUUGAGCAUCUCACACAGAGAUUCAAUUCAAAUGAACCUUGGACUAAUUUUGAACAAAUGGAUAACGUUUCAGCAA